UUGAUGGAUCAAGCCGUAGGUUUGAACCUUUCCUUGAUCAAAUGGAGGCUCGUACCAGAAAUGCGACUGGAACGUUAUUCAUCGUUAAAGGUCCUCAUAUUUGGAGCUGGAACGCUAGGAUGUAACAUUGCUAGAUGUUUGAUGGGAUGGGGUGUCAAGAAAAUCACAUUCGUGGAUAACUCAUCAGUAAGCUACAGUAAUCCAGUAAGGUUAGUUGCUCGAGUAGAUUGA